AAAUAGAAAGGGUAGGCUGGCUUAGGUGAAGUCAUCCCGGUAAAGGUUAAUAGCUGGGUGGCGACACCUCCUCACAGGACUGGAGCGAAAAAGCUGGGCAGCUGGGCAGCGCUUGCUCCCAGCUGUCUGUCACGGUCCUGGGAGUAAGAGGUGACCUAUUUAUUUUUAGAAGGGGACAGUCAUAAUAACCCUGCUCCUAGCUUCAUUCAAGGCAGGCCGGGGCCUACUUUCUGGGUAGGGGAGGAGUGCUUUACUCCCAAAAGAAAAGAACUUGACUACUGGGGUUUUUCCCGCCUGGUAGUCAUUGUUAGCCUGGAGAAGAGACUAUCGUAGCACAAAAGUGCUGCAGCCAUCUCCACUUUGUUAUUAUUUUCAAAGGGCAGAAAUGCCUGAAGGUGAGGACUUUGGAUCAGGCAAAAGCUGGGAAGUUAUCAAUUCCAAACCAGAUGAAAGACCCAGGCUCAGCCACUGUCUUGCAGAAUCAUGGAUGAAUUUCAGCAUAUUUCUUCAAGAAAUGUCUCUGUUUAAACAGCAGAGCCCUGGCAAGUUUUGUCUCCUGGUCUGCAGUGUAUGCACCUUUUUUACGAUCUUGGGAAGUUACAUUCCUGGGGUUAUACUGAGCUAUCUACUGUUACUAUGUGCAUUUCUGUGUCCACUGUUUAAGUGUAAUGAUAUUGGACAAAAAAUAUACAACAAAAUCAAGUCAUUUCUGCUGAAACUAGAUUUUGGAAUCAGAGAAUAUAUUAACCAGAAGAAACGUGAGAGAGCUGAAGCAGAUAAAGAAAGAAGUCACAAAGAUGACAGUGAAUUAGACUUUUCAGCUCUCUGUCCUAAGAUUAGCCUGACCGUUGCCGCCAAAGAGUUGUCUGUGUCUGACACAGAUGUGUCCGAGGUCUCCUGGACUGACAAUGGGACCUUCAACCUUUCAGAAGGAUACACUCCACAGACGGACACUUCUGACGAUCUUGACCGACCUAGUGAGGAAGUGUUCUCUCGAGACCUUUCAGAUUUUCCAUCUCUAGAAAAUGGCGCAGGAACAAACGAUGAAGAUGAAUUAAGCCUUGGCUUGCCCACUGAGCUCAAGAGAAGAAAGGAGCAGUUGGACCGUGGUCCCAGACCCAGCUCAGAGAGGCAGUCAGUGGCUGGUCUCACCCUUCCUCUGAGCGGUGACCAAACCUUCCACCUGAUGAGCAACCUGGCUGGGGACGUCAUCACCGCUGCGGUGACUGCCGCCGUCAAAGACCAGUUAGCAGGCAUGCAGCAAGCACUGUCUCAGGCUGCUCCCAGCCCAGGGGAGGACACAGACACGGAGGAAGGGGAUGACUUUGAACUACUGGACCAGUCAGAGCUCGACCAAAUUGAGAGUGAAUUGGGGCUUUCACAAGACCAGGAAGCAGAAGCACCGCAAAAUAAGAAGUCUUCAGGCUUUCUUUCAAAUCUACUUGGAGGCCAUUAGUCUGGGAAUCAGCUUGUAUGACAGAGCACAGAUAAACUACCAAAAAAAUUCAAACAA